UAUGUCAUGCUUGUGCGUCUCGCAAUAACAAUGAUAAUAAAAAUAAAAGUAAAAAAUAAAGAUGUUGUCGCCGGGAUUUGAUUCGGCGGUUAUUGACGAUAAGCCUGAGGAAUACAAUAGUAAAAUUCGUUAUUACGAUAAGGAAACAAUAUGCGCAUUAAUUCGUCUGCACUGCCAAGAAGCAGUUGCUCCUGAUUUCGACAAUAUAAAACAACAUCACCUCCGCUACAGGAUGCCAGUUGGUGCCGGCAAUUCAAUCGUUCAAGACUUAAGUCGAAGAAAGGUGCAGUGAGUGUGAUUUAGAUACUGUGAAAUACUUGGCGCUGUUUUUCUAUGCAAUCCUAAAAAACUUUCAAGAAAACAUGAAGAAUCCGUUUGGCUCCUUUCUACAGCAAUCAUAUUCCAGCAUGAAUGAAGCACUCUAGAGUUUUAAUGUGGAGUGGGUGAAGGGAUUCCCGCCUUCCGGUCUUUUCUGGAUUUGCCAGAGUGAACAUUUCUUAAGAUGAACUACUUCUCCCGUCCGUGUAACUUCAGUGUAGUGUGUGUCCUUGUCUGUGACGAUUGCUACCGCAUAGCGUGAAAGGAGUGCUACAAUCGAUAUCCUUAAAGUGGAUGUUUUCAAGAUUUUCCUCCUGCACGAAAGUGUUUUAAAGUGUCGUAGUGUGGCGAGGAUGAUUGAUGAAGAGAGGUGUGAUUUUAUACCCAGGGUGUGAACACUCUCUUCUCGCGAAGCAGGAUGUGACUUAUCGCUAGUGCAGCUAUUUAUUACCGCAGUUAUAGUGAUUGAAUACCAAUUCGAAUCGAAGUGUUCCUGAAUUGAUUUUAGCUUCAGCUGUGUGUCGAUUGCCGGCAAUAUGUUGCAGCUGUUCAGACUUUGGUUCCUUGUAGCCGCCUCCCUGGCGUUCUUGGAUAUUUAUUUGUGCGAAUCCAACGAUAAUUUCACGUCACUAUUGGAAGCAGAAGCGACAACGGGUUGUCCCACACCGGAUCUACGUUUCACACGACCUCGAAAAACAGACACUACGACCGUGACUCCCUACGCUGAAUUCGAAACUACCCAAAUAUAUUUACCAGAGGAUUUCACUACCUCCGAUGUGGAAAUUGUAGAAAAGGAGGGUGGACAUGCAGAAGGAGGACAUCAUGGCGAGGAUUCUGGGAGCGACAAGAAAGGAUCCAAACAUUCGGACACAAAUCCGUCUAAAGGCGAAGCAGAUGGUUCUGAAGAUGAUGAUGAGGUGAGCGAGUCUGGUGAUGGCGAAGGACACGAAGGGGCUUCAUCACAGACUAAUAACAACAACAAUAAUGGUCGGAGAAGGGGGAAGAAGAGACGAUUUUCAGGCGGAAGUAAACGUCGUCGGGUUGAAAAUGAGCAUGGCGGACGGGGCGGUGGAGGAGGCGGCCGAGGUGGGAGGUAUGAGCGCGAAGCAAUUUACAAGGACGACAACGAGAACCCAGAUGAAAUUAAGCAUCUGCCAAAAGAAGCGUCGAUAAAUCACGACGGCGAGUAUUACAUUGAAAUUGAUCACAUCAUGAAAGACAAGAAACGAAAUAGCAAAAAGGUAGCCAAGUCAAAGACAAAGAAGAAAGCGCUGAAGGAAGAGGAGCCCAUUAAUGGCAAGGAUAUGCCGGCUGCUCCCGCGCCACUCGACGAAACUUUAAUGGACUUAAAUGUGACCGAUGACGCGCCGGAAACGAAUAGUGGAAAUGUGUCGAGUACUCUUCAGCGAGUCAAGAGGAAAUCGGGAAAAACGACAGGAGCACUGAGCCGACCGAAGGGAAGCAGCGAUUCGGGAUCUAAGAGCACAAGUCGAAAAGGAGAUAAAGGCGGAUAUGAUGAAGAAGGUGGUUAUGUUCCAAUUCAUUCUGAAGAUGAAUCUGAAGAGGACGAAGAGAAAAGCGAGGAGAGUGCAGAGCACUCUCAUUUCAGUGAAGUAUCGGAAAUUCGAUUCCCAGGUGAAGUGGGAGCUCAAGGGGAUCGACGUCAAUGCAAAAUCCGUUGUGUAAAGGGCAAGUGGGUCGGACCAUUGUGCGCUGUUAGCGAGGAAGAUGGACGCCUUAGAUACCAACCCUUAUACAAGAGCUGCAAAGUUAAUCGAUUACAUGCACACUUGCUGUUGAGCUACCGAAAUAUUUCAGUUAAUGUUGGUUGGGAUUUGCCCCAUGGCCAUUCCUUACAAGCUCGUUGCAAGGAGUUGGGCUUGUAUAAAUUACUGGGCGAGUCCCGUGUCCUCUGUUCGAAUGGAUUAUGGGCACCACGUAUGCCCUCAUGCGUCCCCACCUCCAUGCUUUCAAAUUACUCGGAAGAUAGUCCACCUUCAAUACGUAUAAAAAUUGGCACUGGUUCGGGAGCAUUUGAGCCGUCCGGCGUCCUAGCAGUUUUGCCCGGCAGCACGUUGUAUCUGGAUUGCAUGUACCCGAGACGCCGAGGGACACCGGAGUGGACAUGGACCGGAUGGUUUAAUCAACCGAAUCCUGCAGGAUGGUCGACGAUACCGGAGGAAAAAGGCCUAAAAUAUCGUCUGACCAUCAAGGACAUCCAAAAUCAGGACUCCGGAACGUAUACAUGUGCUACACCACGUGGACUCACAAACAGCAUAGUGAUUGUCGUUGCGACGUCCCAAUGCCCCCAGAUGCCGGAGCCGACGCCACCGCUCUCUCUACGCUUAGAAGGUAAUAAAUUGGGUCAACGUGCCUUGUACUCUUGUCCAUUAGGUUACACUAUCGAGGGAACAGCAAAUUCAACGUGUUUGGCUUCGGGAAAUUGGUCAUCACCUCCGCCCUCGUGUCACCCUGUCCAGUGUCCACCACUAUACCUGGAAGAUCCCCAUCUCAGUUUGACUGAAUUGAAUACGUCAGCCUGGGGUCGAGCCGUGUUCAAAUGUUCAUGGGGCUUUCGAUUAAGUGGACCGCCUGGACUGGAGUGUGAACCAAGCGGUGAAUGGAGCGGUCCUGUUCCGAGAUGUCGCGCAAUUCAAUGCCCACAACCUCUGGUACCGUUGAAUGGAAGGAUCGACGGAACGAGCGGCUCGAGUAGCCAUCGUAAAUAUGCUGUAGGUGCCCUCGUUACAUUCAGCUGUACAGAAGGACAUAUUCUUGAAGGAGAGGCGAGCAUUGUUUGCACGGAGACUGGGUUCUGGUCACAUCCGCCUCCAUUCUGCAAAUCACAGUGUCCGUAUCCUGGGGAUCCACCGAAUGGUCUGAUAGCUCCACUCAAAUUCCACUACGACCCGGGAGAUCUAUUGAGUGUCCAAUGUCGCCCAGGAUUUGUCGAAUUCAGCCCGUCAAGUCCUCCGGAGCGUCCGAGCUGCCUGCCUGACGGAAAUUGGUCUGGACCCGUGCCACAGUGUCGCAGCUAUGAGGAGGUGUAGCUCCGGCGUUUUCAGCAGAACGGGAAUCGCAGUGAGGCCGAAAUUGUAAUGAUGUACUGAUGGAGGCUCUAAUGGGGAGCUAGUGACGGUUCGCGACAGAGCAGGCUAUGCAAAUUCAAUUGUAUAUGUAUGUUUAAUAAUUAGAUUGGAAAUUGCAGUGAGUUCUUUUAGAUUCUUUAAGCGCAGGGUGAUAUUAAAAAUGUAUUCUUAGAGCAGACUAGUAUAGCGAUAGGAAAGGUAAACUAGGCGACCCAGAAGAGCAUCUUGACUAAAUGGAAAGAGUACGAACGAAACCAUUGAGGAGAUCAAGUUGCACCAAGAAAAGGAAGAUCCUGUUCAAAUAUGACUACUCAUUCAAAGCUCAAAAUAUUCUGGUUUCAAAUCCAAAACGUUGUAAAUGGUUAACAGGCGAAAGCGGGGGAAAGUACUCUUCUGGAUAAUAUUUAACAAACUUAACAAUGCAUUCAAUAAUAGAGAAUUUAGCAGAGCGAGAGACCAUUACGAACUGACUAUGGAGUAUAUUAUUAUUGCAUAUCAAUGUACAACACUUUUGUAAAUAAUUCAGGGGUCACCAACUAGCAAAUCUGAGAGGACGCAGCAAACGUACUUCCUUCCCAAACUGAUCUGAAGUUUCAAUAUUUAAUGACUCCGCUUGCAGUUCACUUUCUUACAAUUAUUUAAUCUUCUCAAUUAUGAAUCUACUUACAACUAUAGCUAAACGUUCUAACUAUUCGUCCAACAAUCUAUUAACGUAUCAUUGUACUUAUAAAUUUCAGUACCAUCUUCACAUUUCCGUCAGAUUUUCUUGCAUUAUUACAAUACAGGGGUUACUAACUUGCGAAGCAUACAAAUAUACAAAAUGGAGUUAUAGCAGUUACAGUAUAAAAUAAAACAAAUGUUACAUUACUAUAAAUUUACACAGGAGAAUAAUUGUUAUCGCUGAACCAGUUUUAAAUGUAAUCUAGAGUGUAACAUACUUACAUAUAUUAAACUAGUUUCGAUGAGGAUAACACUUUGGAAAUACUCGAUAUAAGCCAGUUACACGUACCUACGAAAUCAGAAUCAAAAUAAAAGAAAGGAACAUUUAUAUAGUUUGAAUUUCUUGGGCGGUGGGUUGAUGUUUCACAGAUUUAAACUAGACAAUUGGACUAUCCGAGAUAAGGUGGUACUUGACAGUGUAAGAAGUAGAAAUGGUCUAAGGCAGGCAAGUUCAAGCGUGAAAACAAAAAUGAAAUUUCAAAUAUUGUGAUGUAAAAAUACUGAACAAAGUUAUUAAAAUGAAAAUAAAUAUAUAUUUCCGCAUAUCGAUUCAA